GAUAGCUGCCUGCUCAGAACCCACAGAAGCCUACUCAUCCCAGGCAGCUGCAGUGGUCCUCUCCCCACAGACCCAGGCUCUGCACUUCCCCUCCUGAAGCUGAUUGGCGUCUGACCCACCAUGACACCCACAGAACUCACAAGCCUUAUUCCUGGCAUGUUUGAUGACUACAACUAUGACUCCACUGCUUCCAUAGAUGACUACAUGAAUUUGAAUUUCAGUAGCUUCUUCUGUAAGAAAAACAAUGUCAGGCAGUUUGCAAGCCAUUUCCUUCCACCUCUGUACUGGCUUGUGUUCAUUGUGGGCACCCUGGGUAACAGCCUGGUCAUCCUUGUCUACUGGUAUUGCACAAGAGUGAAGACCAUGACUGACAUGUUCCUUUUGAAUUUGGCCAUUGCUGAUCUGCUCUUUCUGGCUACUCUUCCCUUCUGGGCCAUUGCUGCUGCUGGUCAGUGGAUGUUCCAGACCUUCAUGUGCAAGGUUGUGAACAGCAUGUACAAGAUGAACUUCUACAGCUGUGUGCUUCUCAUCAUGUGUAUCAGUGUGGACAGAUACAUUGCCAUUGUACAGGCCAUGAAGGCUCAGGUCUGGAGGCAGAAGAGGCUGCUGUACAGCAAGAUGGUCUGCAUUACCAUCUGGGUGAUGGCAGCUGUGCUCUGCACCCCAGAAAUCCUGUACAGUCAAAUCAGUGGGGAAUCUGGCAUUGCCAUAUGUACCAUGGUCUACCCUAAGGAUAAGAAUGCCAAGCUAAAGUCAGCUGUCUUGAUCCUGAAGGUCACCUUGGGGUUUUUCCUCCCCUUUUUGGUCAUGGCCUUCUGCUACACCAUCAUCAUUCAUACCUUGGUACAGGCCAAGAAGUCAUCCAAGCACAAGGCCCUCAAGGUGACCAUCACUGUUCUCACUGUUUUCAUUAUGUCUCAGUUCCCCUACAAUUGCAUUCUAGUGGUGCAGGCCGUGGACGCCUAUACCAUGCUUAUCUCCAACUGCGCUAUUUCCACCAAUAUUGACAUCUGCUUCCAGGUUACUCAGACUAUUGCAUUCUUCCACAGUUGUCUGAACCCAGUUCUCUAUGUUUUUGUGGGUGAGAGAUUCCGGAGGGAUCUGGUGAAGACCCUGAAGAACCUGGGAUGCAUUAGCCAGGCCCAGUGGGUUUCAUUCACAAGGAGAGAGGGUAGCUUGAAGCUUUCUUCUAUGCUACUGGAGACAACUUCGGGGGCUCUCUCCCUCUGAGAGAACUUCUCUCAGGGCAUAUGGUUCUUUUUGGAAAUAACGAGAUAUAUGAAUACAACAUAGUCUAAAGAGACAGAAAAUAGUAAGAAAACUGGGGGGUGGGGGCAGGAAAAAAACAAAACAAACAGUCUGGGAUCAGCCUAAACAACUUUAUCAUGCUCAGUCAAUCUGCCAAACUGACCAUUCCAGAAGGGCGCCAGCUGGUGUUUGGUUAUGGUAACUGCGGUUCUGAAGAGGAUGCAUGAGCAGCAGUGAGGAUACCCCAGCCUUGCACAUGCUCAUCAUGAGGGCAGCUGGGGAUUGGAGUCACUGAGUUCCUUCAGUGCUCCAAGUUUCUGUUACUUCAGCUCUGGUACUCUUCCUCUCCAGUGGUGACAGAGCACUGGCUGCCACCAUGGUCCACCCCCCCCCCCAAAAAAAAAAAAAAAAAAAACCAAAAAGGCUUAUUGACAUCCACUUCAGGAUCUUUUUUCUAUAGUCCUACUGGUGGGAAACUGUGUUUGUAUUUCUCAUUAUCUACAGAUUUUUUAAAAAAAAUCUAGAAUACACUCAAACACUCUGAGGUUGAAUGACAUUCUGAUCACCUUGGUCUCUUUUGAGCCAGGGAGAACCACUGUUCUUAGUUUAGAGCCAUCUGUCAGACAGGCUGGUCAGCCGAUGUACAGCUGACCACAUCACAUUACCUGGAGUCUUGCUCCCAGUCCACUUCUGUGUCAGACAGAAGAGGUCAUGUCCAAACCUAGCUGCAAGUACAAACUAGGAAAGGAGCUAGCCUGUUCUCCGGUGUGGUCAAAGUGGUCCUCACAGAAUUAAGCUGGAGAAUAUGGUUGGAUGGUGGGAACCUAGCCUUUGGGACUUCCUCAGGCAAGAGGCACUUGCUGCAGGUUCUCCCAUCUUGUCCCUAGUGACAUGUCCUUUUCUUCUGAGGCUCCCGGAAGGGUGUCUGCUUCUCUACUACCUCCCAUCUCCUUACUUUGUAGUACCAACAGUUUACAACCUUUUUAGAUUAAAAAGAAUUGGUGGGUUAGACAUUGUAGUGUACACCUUUAAUCCCAGCACUUGGGAGGCAGAGGCAGGAUGAUCUCUGUGAGUUCGGGUCUAGCUCGGUCUACAUAUCUAGUCCAGGACAACCAGGGCCGGUUACACAGAGAAAUCUCAUCACGAAA